CCAGCGCACGCCUUCCUUCCUACCUUCUACCCGCCGCGGUUCCGCAGGUCUUCAACUUCCUCGCCUCCUUGCGCGAUCUGCUUCACGUUUCCCCUCACCGCUCCAUUCGCGCUGCACGUUUGCACGGCGAGCAGGCAUGGCCGCAAUGGCGAGGAGCACGCGGUCGGUGGCGACGGAGCGCGCGUACCACCACUUCGCGCCGGCGUCGACGCGCGGCCUCAUGGGGUACCCGGCCACGGCAGGCGGCCCCGUCACGGCCGACGAGUUCGACGAGUCAGACGUCUGGGGGUCGUUCAACCCGGGAGAGGAGGCCGAACAACCGGCAAGGUCGGGUGCCGAGCUACCCCGGGUCCGUGCAGUCCCGGUUGCCCGUCCCGGGAGGAAGACGAAGCCGGUGGACAGGGCCGGCGGGGGCGGCGCCGCGCACGGGUCGCUGCCCGUGGCCAUACCGGACUGGUCCAAGAUCCUUGGGGGCGAGUACCAGGGGCACCAGGCCGGGGACUGGGAGCUGGACGACGCGGACGACGAGGACGUCGAGGGCGCCCCGGUGGUGCCGCCGCACGAGCUGGCGUCGCGGCGCCGUGCCGCAUCGCUGUCGGUGAACGAUGGGAUGGGGGUCGGCAGGAUGCUCAAGGUCCGGGACGCGGUCUGGAAGAAGACGGGGUUCCAGGCCUGACGCGCUCUCGGGCCGGCGUCGUCGCCCGCCACUACUAGCUGUUUUCUUUUGACAGAUCGAAUCGGAUAAAGCUAGCUGCUACUCCCACAAGUUGGGCCAUCUAUUUUAGAAUGGAGGGAGUAGCUCGUAGAAGUUGUGGUUAUUUUGACAGAGCUUUGGCCUCCGGGGUAGAGAGAGGAGUGGAUGCUGAGGAGUGAUCAUUGUUCUUCGAUUGUUCGUUCCUGCUGUGCAGUGUUUUCCGGAGAGAACGCGGAACGUUUUCUGAUCCUGCGCAAUUUUUUUGUGUAGCACCACGCAAGGGAUAGAGCAGCUACUCCUACUGCUAAUUGUGCUUACUGCAGAAAAAUGAUUUGUCGAGGGGAUGAUCAGUGGGCGACUUUUUCUUGGAGAGUUUUGUCCUUAUCUGCGCAUCAGCACGGCCAUCAUCGGUGAUUGCCAAAUUUCACCAACCGCACAGUAAGCGAAUAUGCCAAAAGCUACGUUGCGCCAACUGAUUGGACAAAACAACUGGCGGUUGUUACACUAUCAGCAAGAAAUACGCUGGCCAAAAAGUCACGCCAAUGAUGCUCUCGUAUCAGCGAAAUUUCUGGCCGGCUUACUGAACGUGUACGUUAUUGCCCUGUACUACAACAGUACAAUGGAUGGAUUGUCGUUCCCAAUUCACUCACCAGUGGACCGUGUAUAUCUGUCGGGGCCACGUACAAAACUGCCAAACCAAAAACUAAAGUAACAGUCCUAAGGUCAGGUCAAGUUUUUCAGCUAUAGGAUUAAUCAAACAGCUCCCGUGCCUUCUUCUACCUUCCAUCAUCUCCUCGUGGCGGUUAUUUCUGUCGCACGAUGUAAUGUGCCCGUGUAAUUAUGUUCCACCCUAAAAAAUAUAUAUA